GAGUGAGAACCUAGCGGCGGUUAGCAUGUUAGCCGGGUAGGGUUUUCCGCAGAGCUUGGUUAUUGCUUGGCAACAACUUGAAGGUGGUAGGAGUCCGUUGCGAUAAGUGAUGACGAUGUGUUCAGAAAGGGGUACGCCGAUGACACGACCUAGUCCGGUUUACGUCGGUAGUACUUAGCAAGCUCGGUUCCUGCAGUUGGGUCAGACGCGGAGGGUGCGGUGCGGGCGAUAGAAGCAAGGAGGUCGUUGGUGAGAGAGCCCAUUUCCCGCGAAAUCAAGGUGCGACGGACUUAGCGGUAUUUGUUCCUGCAGGUGUUGACUGGACCUCUUAGGGACCUCUUAUCUGUCGACCGUAAGACGCGGGUAGCAGCGGCAUCUCCCAGUGGCGCUUGCAGAUCCUUGCUGGGCAGCACGAGAAGAAAACGCCGACAUGGGGCUCAUCGUGGGCGCUGCUUUGCUGUGCUCUCGCCGGCAGGAGUCUCCGCCACCACGUCCUCUCGUUCUCCGUACACCGCCUCGUGGUGUGUCAGAGGCUCUGGUCUACCCUUAACCCUACAACGUUCCCAAGGGCACCAUCCUCUUUGUCCCUAGGAGUUUCGCUGGGAGCGGUUUUUCUCCCGUCCGGCCUUCCUGCCCACGCCUCCCCGACGUGCAUCCCCAACGGGCUGGAGCUGCUGCUGCACACCAAAGCUGGGCUCUGGUGCACGCUGAAGCCCAGGGGCGCUGCUGCUGGGGCUGGAGCUGCUGCUGCAACGGCGACAGUGACGGCAUGAUUGUGGAUGCUGAUGUUCUCUGACAGAUUCAGUUCAUUUUCAUUCAGGUGGCGUCUGACUUCGCCUUGCUGCCCUUGGGUGGCGGGCUGCGCAAGUGUGUGGGCGACUAGUUGGUGCUGAUGGAGUCCACAGUAGCGCUCGCCAUGCUCAGAUUUAACAUCUGCCUGGAGGACACAGAGGUGGUUAUGGGCACCACCAUGCACACCAAGGCGGGGCUCUGGUGCACGCUGAAGCCUAGGGACACUGCUGCUGGGGCUGGGGCUGCUGCUGCAGCAGUGACAGCGACCGCAUGAUUGUGAAUGCUCAACGUGCGCCUGGACGGUCCGCAUAAGGAGACAGAGAUGGCGAUGGGCGCCACCAUGCACCCCAAGGCUGGGCUCUCGUGCAGGCUGAAGACAAGGGGGGGUGCUGCCGCGGCAGCUGCAACAGCAAUUGCAUGAUUGUGUCAACUUAUACAUAUUAUCUAUGUAGAAGUUAUAGGCUAGACUGAGGUAUGCUUCUAGUGA